AUGUUUGUGAGAAACGAUGCCAAAGAAUUUAGAUUCUGUCGUUCCAAAUGUCACAAGGCAUUCAAACAAAGAAGAAACCCCCGUAAGUUGAAGUGGACCAAAGCUUUUAGAAAGGCAGCUGGUAAGGAGUUGGUUGUGGAUUCUACAUUAACCUUUGCUGCUAGAAGAAAUGUUCCAGUUAGAUACAACAGAGAUUUGGUUGCUACUACUUUGAAGGCGAUGACAAGAAUUGAAGAAAUUAGACGUAAGAGAGAACGGGCCUUCUAUAAGAAUAGAAUGAGAGGUAACAAGGACAAGGAUUUGGCUUCUGAUAGAAAAUUGGUUGAAAUGAACCCAGAAUUAUUGAAGAUGAGAGAAGUUGAGUUGAGAAGAAAGGCAGAGAAGUUAGAAGCUAAGAACAAUGCCAUGGAAGAAGAAGAUGUUGAAGAGGAAGAGGAAGCAUCCGAAGAAGAAGAAAUGAUGAGUGUUGACGAAUCAGAGUCAGAGUCAGAAGAAGAACGUGUAAAGGUCAAGAUUGCAUUGAAGAACAAGAGAAAGCUCAGACUGACCCGUUAA